ACAUCCUUUCAUCUCAAACGUUUUACUUCUUGAUUACAUCACUCAGACAUAAAACCCUUAUGAUAUCUCUCUAUAUAUAUCUUCGAGUGUCUCUGAGAAGAAUCACACUUUUUCAUAAAUAUUUCUUAUAUCCUUAGCAAUCUCUUCCACUAUAGUCGAAAAUGGCAGGUCGUAACAAGCAUGUUGUCUCUAAAACCUCUUCUUCUCUGGCUAUUGUCGAAGCAAACCCCCCGGCCAACAAAAUUGUACCCAUUGAAGCACCGAUAGUUUCUUCUUACAAUGACCGAAUCAGGCCGUUGCUGGACACUGUUGACAGGCUGAGGAACCUGAAUGUAAUGAGAGAAGGGAUCCAGCUUCCAACCAUUGUCGUUGUUGGAGACCAGUCCUCUGGGAAGUCGAGUGUUCUUGAGUCCUUGGCAGGGAUCAGUUUGCCUCGUGGGCAAGGAAUCUGCACUAGGGUUCCUCUUGUGAUGAGACUCCAAAGAAGUUACAGCACUGAGCCUGAGAUCUGGCUAGAGUAUGGUGACACAGUUGUUCAUACGGAUGAGGAACACAUCGCUAAAGCUAUUUGUGCUGCAACUGAUGUGAUAGCUGGAUCUGGUAAAGGGGUCUCUGACGCUCCUUUAACACUCCAUGUGAAGAAGGCUGGUGUUCCUGAUCUUACCAUGGUUGAUCUCCCUGGGAUAACUCGCGUUCCAGUGAAUGGACAGCCUGAAAACAUCUAUGAGCAGAUAUCUGCUAUGAUCAUGAAGUACAUCAAGCCUCAGGAAUCGAUCAUUCUCAAUGUUCUGUCAGCUACGGUCGACUUCACGACCUGUGAAUCCAUUCGCAUGUCCAGACAGGUUGAUAAAACCGGUGAACGGACUCUGGCUGUUGUCACAAAGGCAGACAUGGCUCCUGAAGGUCUUCUACAGAAGGUUACAGCAGACGAUGUGAGCAUCGGACUUGGUUAUGUCUGUGUGAGAAACCGAAUCGGAGAAGAGACAUACCAAGAAGCUAGGAUGCAAGAAGAGCUUCUGUUCAGGACUCAUCCAAAGCUAAGCUUGAUUGACGAUGACAUUGUGGGGAUUCCGGUCUUAGCCCAGAAGCUAAUGCUUAUCCAGGCGACGAUGAUCGCCCGCUGCUUACCAGAAAUCGUCCGCAAGAUCAACGAGAAGAUGGAGAUCAGUGUCCUCGAACUGAACAAGCUGCCAAUGGUAAUGGCUUCCGCAGGGGAAGCAUUGAUGACACUGAUGGACAUCAUUGGCUCAGCAAAAGAGUCUCUCCUGAGAAUCCUCAUCCAAGGAGAUUUCUCCGAGUACCCUGGAGAUCAUAAGAUGCACUGCACAGCUCGCUUGGCUGAAAUGUUAAGCCAAUUCUCAGACAAUCUCCAAGCACACUCCAACGACGUCACCAUCGAUUUCUUGAUGGACGAAAUCAAGAUUCUCGACGAAUGCAAAUGCGUUGGCCUUCCCAAUUUCAUUCCGAGAUCAGCUUUCUUGGCUAUACUAUCACAGUACGUCGACGGAAUCCAUUCUAAGCCGGUCGAGUUCAUCAAGAAGAUAUGGGAUUACAUCGAAGCUGUUCUCAUUCCGGUGAUUUCAAAAUACGCUGAAAACUUCCCACAGAUUCAGUCUUCCGUUAAACGAGCCGGACGCAAUCUGAUCACCAAGAUGAAGGAGCAGUCAGUGAACAGAGUCGCCGAGAUCGUUGAGAUGGAGAAGCUGACGGACUACACGUGUAACCCUGAUUACAUGACGUCUUGGACCGAGAAGACCGCUUCGCAGCAGAGCUUCGUCCACGCCGUGCUGUACGACGAGGCCAAACCUGAGAGCUUCUCUCUCGCUGGAUUUGGGCAAGUGAAGAUCUCGCAUCUGAGGAAGUACCACGCUCAUCUGCUGCAGCAGGCGUUUGACAUGAAGAUGAGGAUCGCGUCGUACUGGAACAUUGUUCUGAGGCGGAUUGUGGAUAACCUUGCGCUGUUUCUUCAGUUCUCGGUGAAGAAUCUGGUGAACGCUCAGUUUCAGAAGGAGAUCGUGGCGGAGAUGGUUGAUCCGAGAGGCGGCGGAGGAGUUGAGAGGAUGAUGGAGGAGUCUCCGUCGGUGGCCAGCAAGAGGGAGAAGCUGAAGAAGAGUGUGAAGCUCUUGAAGGAGUCCAAGGACGUCGUGGCUGCCAUUGUUGAUCAGAAUUCUGGUUAUGGAGGUCGUUAA